GGAGAGAUUAAAUAAUGACAGAGUUUUCAUUUUUUGUCCCAUUAAAAAUAAAGGUUCUUCAUGAUGCUUUAGAGGACCGUUUAACUUCUGAAGAAUCUUUCACAAGUUCUUAAAAACUAAGAAAGAAAUGGUUCGUAAUCUUUUGGGAAGCAAACAUGGCCCUGGAGAACCUUUUUUAAGAUUGCAUUUAGACUUCGGAAAUGUGAAAGGUUUAUUAUCAAUCUCAGGUACAAUAACAUAAAAUGCGAGAACACUUUAUGACAUCUUAUUUGUAAUAAAAAAAUACAAGAAGUAUUAUAUUAUUUAACAUUUUCAGAUCUUUAAUUAUUCUAUAUUAACAUUUUAUAAAGACAAUUUCAUUUUUUCUGUGCUUUAACCGUUUUAAAGAGAUGAUAGGAGAGCGGUCUGAAAGAUCGGCCCGGGAGCCACAGGGAUAACGUGCAGUUGAUUGAUAUAAAUGAAUGUCGUUACUCCACAUCGCUGGACAUUGAUGGUGUUAACAGCACUCGUGUCCAAGCAACACAAACAAACACACACACACCUAUAUACAUUUCCACAAACACACUUACCUGUAAGAGCAAUCUUUUCUCAUGUCUAACACACGCACAUUCACAAAGGCAUACGUGUGCGGGACAACAGACGCCAGGCAGUCUGGGCCGCGUUCUGGUGUAUUGUUAUUAACGCUCUGUCUCGCGUGUAUGAAGGCACGGUGAGGACACAUCCCUGCUCUGUGACUCCAGGGCUCGGCUUUGUUCUUCUCCGUAACGCAGGCAUAAUUACAACCUUAAAGAGCGUCUAGCUUUCCUUCUCACCCUCUCCGCCCCACACCCCCGACUAUAACAACAGCUAUACGUAGAGAUCUGCGUCGACACCGGGAAAAUCAACUCUGUGCUCAGGUUUACUUUGCUGCACUGUAUUCCAGCAUGUUCUUCAUAAAAUCAAGUCAGUACACCAAAACCGCCUGACUUUACUUUUAUUAUAUCAUACAGUUCUGUACAGUGGCCCCAAAGUGUAUUUGGAGAUAAAAACGGGCUUAUGUUAACAACAAAAUAUCAAACCAAUUGUAGUGUAUUUAAGCAUGGUUUAAAUGACUUACUGAUUAUCAAAAUGAUUGCAACAUUCUUAUGUCUAUGCAAAUACUUUUUGAAUAAGUGUUUGAAUAUUUUCUGGCCCCGGCAGUAUACGUUUCACUUGCAAAAGAAAAGAUAAAGACUCGUCCCACAGUGAAACCGGCAUGCUGCAUUCUCACUGACAAUUCUGCAGAUGUGGUUUAGCCGUGACAAUAAUUUGUGGUUACGUUUUGGCCCAUCUCGGCUUGGGUCUCAGCCCGCUGUGGGCUCCUAUGACCCUGAAAAACAUGCGACACUCUAACAACAAUACAUGAGCAAUGUGUGACUCUCAUGAUGACAUUCUGAGACAUUACUGUGCGUAGAGUUUAUGAAGAGAGAGGCAUCAGCCUGUAGUUAUGAUGUUUGGGAUUUUUCAGGGUGUGAUCGAGAGACACGUGUAUUGCAGGUUCUUCUGGCCGAUACAGUAAUCUUCAUCCAGACUUUCUGUGGCCACUGUCUGUACAGCCACCUUGGAGAAACUUGCUGUAUUACUUUUAUAUUUCUUGUUCAGAUUCUGGAAACACAAUAUAGCUACAUUUUGUUUAUAAGCAUAAAUAUUCUUAACAAAACAGGUGAAAUCUUGAGUUUCAGUAUAAUUGUGUUUUAGUGGAGUUUAUGUUAUUACUAAAUGUUUUGUGUUGAACUGGAAUAUGAUGAAUGUUGUCUCUUAUGCCCCUUUAUUUACUGUAAAUUCAUAUCAAAAUCUUUCUCUGUGUCCAUGGCACAUUUAUUAUUUAAAUAAUAAUAAAACACGGAGAGACAUACUCAAUUUAUUCAGCAAGAAAAGGCCUUACUUCAAAAAACAAAGACAUACUAGCUUAAAACGUCCACUAUAUUAGUAUAUUUUAUAGGCCUAUAACACAUACAUGUAAAAGAUUUUAAAGUUCUUAAAGGCUUGUCAAACUUUAACCUCAUGCAUUUUGAAGAGAGUGGAUGUGUCUUCAGCUGACAUGAGCUCCUUCUGUCAAGAAGAUGUCAGGUCAUGUGAUUUGUUUUUUUCUUUACAAAUCAGAAUCAGAAAGAGCUUUAUUGCCAAGUAUGUUUGCACAUACAGGGAAUUUGUUUUGGUGACAGGAGCAUCCAGAACACAGAAACAGCAACAACAGUACACAGUAAACAACAGUUUUAUUUUUAGUCAUUCACUUCAUUUCUCGUGGUCAUCAUAAGUUGGCUCAAAACGUUAGAUUGUUAUUAUAAAAAAUAAAAUAGUAGACUAGUAUUAGUAUUAAUGGUAAUGGUGGGGGUUUUGGUAACGUUUUGUGGCUCCGUUAAGUGUGUUAACGGGUGAGUGAUGGGGAAGCGAUGUCUGUUCAUCUGGCUAAAUUAGUAGAGCAUGGGGGUUCGGAUCCCAGGAUCACACUGACAAAAAAUUCAUUCAGCGAAUGCUCUGUAAGCCCCUUUGAAUAAAAGCGUCUGCCAAAUGUGAGUGAUGUAAAUCACCUGUGCCAGCUGUUUUCUUUUACACAAAAUGGGUUGCCAAAUAAAAUGCGUUUUUUAAUAAAUAAAUAAAUGCAUUAAUUAAUUAAUGAAUGAAUUAUUAAAUGAUGGAAUAAUAAAUGAACGAAGUUGCUGGAGCUUGGUUUCGCCCAUUUGCCACAGUGCGCUCUGCCUAUGUUUUUUUUUACAUUUUGAAGCAAAUGUGUACAGUUGAUGUUCCCAACUGUUUACAGUAAACAUGGAGAUGGAUCACAAAAUCACAUUUUAAUAGGAAUGAGAUGCAGCGCUUAUGACUACAACCAGACUAACUGCUCUUAUUAUUAUUUUAGUAAUAGAACUAUAAAGAAAUUUAAUAUAAAGGUAGAUUUAUCCGAAAGUUAAUAAGAAAAUAAAUGACAAAUGAGCAUAAAUGACAAAUGGGGAAGGUUUCUUUAGGGUUGUAAUUUUGCAUUAUUAUUUAAAACAAUAUUCGUUGCGCAAUACGUUGACAUAUCUGUACAGUAUUCCCUUAUACAUUUCUGCUGUUUCAUAAAUAUAUUAUGCAUCGUUUAGUGAAAAAAUAUAUAUUGUCAAUCAUGCCAAACUUGUGUUCAGUGAAUGGGUGGAUAAAUAGCAACAAAAGGUGUGGCUUUUCUGUAUGUGCCGAUACAGAAAAAAAGAUAUCCGUGAGACAACUAGCCCCGGUCUCCCCUAUACAUUAGACUGCAAAAUUGCAUGCCAUGAUUCUGAUUAAACACACAGGCUUGUUUUAGACCGUUCGGCCACAUAUAUGUUGCAACUCCCUUUGCAUUCGUGCACAAUUAUUUUAGUCCAGCAGAUCUAUGUGUUUAUGAAUGGACCUGAUCGGGAUCUGUACUCUAUAACAAAUGUUCAAACUUAAUUUAACUCUCCCUGGUGUCUCGUGACGCACCAAUCAACGCGCGCGCCCGUGGAGCGUGCUCAGUGAGUAGCGCGCAGCGCCGUGAGCCCGAAGUGACUGCAGAUAUUGCGCGCUUUUGCCAUGGUUUAAGAUACGCUCUUUUUACAUAUGAGAUUCAUCUCGGUGAUAUCUGGAAAAAGACUUUAAUGCAGGGAUUCGUGGUUGCUUUUCUUGCGAUGGAUCCUGGUCAAGGUGUCUCUCGUGCACAGUGAACGUUCAAUGCUGUACUCGAUCCUUCAUCCGGCUUUAUGGACUUGACUGUUAAUAAUGUCUAUGAGUUUCAUGUCUGACACUCUUAAUAGUCCAGAUCCUUCCAAAUCAGCAUUUUUAGAGUUUGGCCACGGACUUCCAACCAGCCAGCAGCAUUUACCCGGAUUCGCGCACAAUAUUUACCCAGUGCACGGAUUGCGCUCCAGUGGACACCUCCAGCACGAUGGCCCCUUCCCCUCCAGCGCGUCCCAUUACAGCCGGCCGCUGGGAUACGCCUACCCCGGGUCGGUGAGCGCUCCUGCACCGAGCCCCUACAUGCCUUACCAGCAAAACAACCACAGCAGGACUGAAGACAACAACCACGAGAAGCCAGCGGUCAUUGAGAACGGUGAAAUUCGCCUUAAUGGCAAAGGAAAGAAGAUCCGCAAACCGCGCACCAUUUACUCCAGUGUUCAGCUGCAGGCGCUGCACCAGCGCUUCCAGCAAACCCAGUACCUCGCGCUGCCCGAGCGCGCGGACCUGGCAGCCAAACUGGGACUGACGCAAACACAGGUUAAAAUAUGGUUUCAAAACAAGCGCUCGAAAUAUAAGAAGAUAAUGAAGCAUGGCUCCAGCGGACCUGAAGGGGAACUACUUCAGUCCACGUCCUCCGCCUCUCCUUGUUCUCCGGGUCUGCCGCAGCUUUGGGAGAUCUCCAUGGCCAACAAAGGGCCGCCUGUGCACCCGAGCAGUUACAUGAACAAUUUUGGACACUGGUAUCCUCCGCACCAUCAGGAUCCCGUGCACAGAUCUCAGAUGAUGUGAUUAAAAUAUUUAAAAAAACAGAGCCAGAGACUCCAGUCGCAUUUGAUACCUGCUAAAGUGUAACCACACUUACACGGAAGGUGAUUGUCUUUUACAAUGUGUUGUAUAACUUUGUGUGUCUGAAAGGACUGUGUUUACUCUCUUUGCAGUCAGGGGCCUGUGACUCCAUUAUACACUUCAGUAGCUUUUCAACGUUUCCAAAGUUCUUAAUAUUUGCUUUAAAUAAAGGAUUUAUGAAAGUUGAACGUCUUGCUGUACUAUGAGUAUUUUACUAAAUUAUCAAGAAUGUUGGUAGUACUAUUUCACCAGAACUAUAGCUGGUAUAUUGUCAUUUAAAAUACAUACCAAAAAACAAUUAUGGAAUACAUAUUUCCCACUAACGGUAUUUGACAAAUGUCAAUAAUUUGAGAUAAAACCUAUAGUUUAAAUUGAAGAGGAGAGUCACAGUUUUAAAGCAAAAACGUUUUUACAAAGCAUUUCUGUUGUUAUUCACGCAGAUUAUAUA